AUGAAUAUGGAUUUCGUGAAACGAGAAGAAAGUAAUAUUAUAGAUGAAGAGAGCUACAAACUUUAUAUGGAGAGCUUGCAGAAAUCUCAUCAAAUAGAGACAACGGAAUAUCAACAUACAGCCAUAUCAAUGGAACAGCUACACCAAGCCAUGCAGUCCUCACUUAACAAUAGUACACUAGUUCAUAAUUUCCAACUUCCAAUAUCCCCACGACAAAUGUCUACUCUCAUGCUUAAAACAAACCAAUUAACACGUUCUCUAAAUUUUAACGAGCUACCAGCGCAUUUACCAAAAAAUUUAACGAUGGAAAUGGAACUAAUUUCUUUGCCAAACGAUUUGCCACAAACCCUAAGACACGAUGACAUACUAACGCAGAAUUUAUCACGGAAUCUUGAUAUAACAUUAUCAAGAAAUAUGAACAACGAUAUGGAUUUACAUAACGGAAUGCUACAUGAGCACGAGCUUACUAGGAACAUGGCAGAAAUCAAUCAAAAUUUACGUAUUAAUGAUUUACAACAGAAUAUUAAUAGAGAUUUACAACAUGACUUGGUUAACGAAAUGGACCUCUCGCACUUGAGUCGUCAAAAUUUAGAAAACGACGUUAUUUUGAACCAAGAAGAUUCUAGAAGAAAUAUGUCCGUCCAAACUGCUGUUGACAAUCAUUUAUUGGAGCAACAUAUAGCUCAACGCAUAGAGCAAAAUAUGGCUUUGCGUUUGGAUCAAAAUGUGGAUAGAUUAGACCAAACUCUUUCACAACGAUUAGACCAAACGUUGGCUCAAAGAUUGGACCAAACAUUAGCACAAAGACUGGACCAAUCGUUAGCGUCAAGAUUGGACCAAACUCUGGCGCAACGGUUGGAUCAAACCUUAGCUCAACGCUUGGACCAUAGAUUAUUCAACUCAGGUUUAUUACAAGACCAUAAGUUGGACCAAAACGAGCAUUUAUUUCCAAUGCCGUGUCAUAUAAAGUCAGAGCAGGAAGAUGACGGCUAUUUCUAUGAAAACAUCAAUCAAGGCUUAAACAACGCUGGCAUUAAUGGAGAAAUCACGCAACAGACUGACCAUACUCAGCCAAAUACAAACCUUCAGCACGAACAAAUAUAUUCAGUGUAUAACAAUCACAUGUCUAUCCCAGCCUUAAACCCCAUAGAUUUGUAUUCGCGACAGCAAAAUUAUGUGCAGAAUCACAUUCCCGAUAUUUUCCGGGAAAACCCACAAAAUUUAGUUAUCCAUAAAGACUUUGAUAACUCCAGUCCUUAUACAGAUGAUAUAAAAAAGUUAAGACAAGACGAGAAAAAGGACAAAAAUGAAGAGCCCAAAGAGAAUUUAAAACCAACAGAUCAAAACAAAAUGUUUUAUGAAUAUACAAAUGAUUAUGUUAUAGUGGAAAAAAACGAAAAUGAUUUGAGUUCUCACAAUAAAAUGUCUGAAGAACUGGCCAUGAGCAUUAAGGGGGAGUACACAUGUUAUAAAUGUAAUGAAGUUUUUCCUUCGAAGAGAGUGUUGAAAUCGCACGCAAAGUCAUGUGAAAACGGUGAUAGUACAGAUUUAGAGAAGAUGGGAAAAUUUACGUGCAGUCAAUGUGCGUACAGAUGUCAAUCGCCGGCCAUAUUGAAAAUACAUGAACGUACACACACAGGGGAAAAGCCAUACGCGUGUACCUUCUGCGAUUAUAAAUCUGGCCAAAAAAACAACGUAGCCAAACAUAUUCUAGUGCAUAUGAAGCAAAAACCCUUCGCGUGUCGAUAUUGUGAGUAUCGUUGUGCUCAAAAGAAUAAUUUAGUUGUCCAUGAAAGGACCCAUACGGGUUAUAAACCAUUUGCAUGCCCGUUUUGUGAUUAUAGAACAGUGCAAAAACCUAAUUUAGUCAAGCAUAUGUACUUACACACAGACAAAAAACCCUUCAGUUGUGAUAUGUGCAAUUAUAGGUGCGUUCAAAAAACAAACUUAACGAAACACAGGCAAAGGCAUUUAAAUGAAAAAGAUGGUGACAAAUUAGAUGUGAAAAAUCAAAUAAAACCAUAUAAACCAAGACAGAAAUCCGUUAAAUGCCCUCAUUGUCCAUACCGUUGUGUUCAAAAAUCUAGUUUGGAGAAACAUUUGCAAUUUAAACAUACUUUGCAAAGUGAUGAAAUAAGUGAUCAAGGAUUGAAUUUAAUGAAAAGUGAUGAGUGUGAAAAAAUACAGAAUUUAAGUGUGAAAAAAGGUGAUCAGUUUGCGUGUGAUAGUAAAAUGGAAUCAUUGCCGGAACCGUCA